UCAGUCGAAACGCAGAAUUGAACAAGGAAGACGAAAAACACAAGAUAUGGAAGAUUUGUUUGAGCCGAGUAUCAGAAUCGAACAGUUUAGGGAUCUGCAAGCAAAAUAUGCUCAGGAGGCGAGAGAAAAAGUAUAUAGCGAGAUAAAAAUAGAGAGAAAUCGAGGAAUAAGUUUUGAUGGUUAUGUUGCCGGUUUUGGUUUGAAUAAUUACUACACUUUGUGCAGAUCGGAAUUGGAGCAGUAUUUGAGAACAGGUAAAGAAUAUACAGCGCGUACAAAAUUUGACCACCUGUUGCCUUAUACUGGGUUAAAAAUCUACCCAGUGUUUGACGACAUAACCAGACAUAGCAUCGGCCACAUAACGCCACAAUCGCCGUCGCCGGUCAUCACAAGUAACGAGAAACCAACUCUCAGCUUUGAAGCCCUGUUGCUAGGAGACUAUCCGCAUGUCACCAUUGAAGAUCUUAUAAGAGCUCCAUUUGAGAGUACAUCUGCUCCGGGCCCGGAACUGGAAACACUCGAGUAUUGGAAAACGGUUCUGGUCUGACCGGAUAUCUCGUCGACAACGACAAAGAGAAUACCAUAAAUUCUCUCGAACCAAUCGCCUCAGUUGUGGACCAAUCGUCUGCAGCGGUCGACCAGAAAGGAACAAGCUGCGGGAAUAUCAUUGAAAAGAUGCCUCGGAACAAACGGAAGCCGGCAACAGCGUCUACCUGCUCUUGCUGCGAGGUGUCCCCUUCGCCAGCUAAACAAGCGAAACCAUCACCAACGCCGCGUACGCUGGUUGCUCCCGCCUUACAGUUGGCGCACCAAGACACCCAGUCUACUGAGACAGCUGUCCCGGCGUCGUCCGCAGUAAAUCCUGGAGUGAGAGCUAGUUCCUCUGGAAUCAACAGACUGCAUAGACACACAGUGUCAACAGGGAAUGUUGUGUCCUUUGUUCACAAGAGUUCGGGCGACGAAUCUGACGAUGCCACAACCACUUCAGAAAGGAGCUCAAUCUUAGUGCGUUCCAAGGUGACAACGGUCAACAUUCCCUCUACUCAGUCACCGAGGCCUCUUUUGGUCGACGAUUCCGAUUUUGACACGGAGCCCGAGUCGAUGGAUCCAGACAUUACCCAUACUAACUUGAUUACAGGUAUUGGCACACCAUAUGUCGAACCGAUACGCACUUCCAUUUUAGAUCAAAUUAAGACCCCUUUGAAAAAAUCAAUAUGGGCAAAUAAGUUUGUUGACAUGUCCUUACUACUUCCUUCCCCAUUUGCUUCUGAUUCGGACUCCCUUUCUCUGCAAGUAUCAAAGGACUCACACAUCUCUAUCCAACCUUUGGUUAAAACUAAGAAAAUCCUUUCAAUUGAAAUGUGGUCAUCGGCUUUCAUUCGGUACACAGCGGUGUACACUCAUAAAUUCCCUCUGCAAGCCCCUCAGCUGAUGAAAUACAUGGAAAUUGUGAGGGACAUCGCUCAUCGCAAGCCAGGCCUCUCUUUUGCUUUUUACGAUAAUCAAUUUCGUAAGGCUCGUGAAACAUCCCCCUUGCCCUGGGAUAGACUACGUACCGAGUUCUGGUUGAUGGCAGUUACUUGUCCAUCAAACCAUGUAUCUACCCAGCCCUUUUGUUCCUCACGCACAGGCAAUGAUAGAAAAGCAACCGGAACAAAGAGGUUCCUUGAGAACACCUGUUGGCAUUUCAACAAGCUUUCGGGAUGUCGAUCUCACAAAUGCUCCUUGCCACAUGUCUGUGGGUACUGUCGUGGACCACACACAGCCUUUAACUGUGGCCCGUCAGUCAAAAAUUCCUCCUUCAAGAACCCCCCUAACCACACCCCUAAAUCCAACAGUCAAACAAAAUCUGGUAACACCAGUUACAAUUGAUAAGUUAGCCCCGUAUCUUCAAGGUUACCCACUGGCACAGUACAUAAUACAAGGGUUUACAACUGGUUUCAAAUUGGGCUACACAGGCCCUCAAAUGAACUCAAUAUGUCCGAACCUAAAAUCAUGCAAAGACAACCCAUCACUAGUUUCUUCAAAAUUACAAAAGAAAAUAGAUAGCAAUAGAAUAAAAGGUCCUUUCAUAGAUCGACCCUUACAAAAUCUUCGUUUGAGUCCAAUCGGUUUGGUCCCUAAAAAAGAACCUGGUCAGUACAGACUUAUUCAAAACCUCAGUUAUCCUGACGGAAAUUCAGUCAACACAUUUAUUGACAGAAAUGUGGCAUCUGUUAAAUAUGCAUCUUUCGAUGAUGCCGUACAAAAGGUUUUACAAUUAGGUCGUGGGUCAUCAAUGGCGAAGACUGACAUUGACUCAGCCUUUCGAAUAAUACCUGUGAAUCCUGACGAUUUUAAUUUGUUAGGAUUUAAAUUUCAGGGUAAAUACUAUUACGACACGUGUUUAACUAUGGGUAGUUCAUCUGCGCCAGCCAUCUUUGAGCGUUUUAGUUCAGCCAUUCACUUUGUGUGUAACACAUAUUUGGGCAUUGACCAUAUGGUACACAUAUUAGAUGAUUUUCUAAUUCUAGGCCCCCCAAAUUCACAUAUUUGCCAACAAAACUUAUCUAAAUUCUUGUCUUUUUGUGCUGAAGUAGGCAUUCCUAUUAAAUUAGAGAAAACCGAGUCUGCUUGAACUGUGAUUACAUUCAUGGGUUUGGAAUUGGAUAGUAACUUAAUGGAAGCUAGACUUCCCUAAGAAAUAUUAGAUAAACUUAGAAGCCUCCUUCAUUCGGUCAAACGUACUAUAACCUUGAAAACUCUGCAAUCCUUGCUUGGUUACCUUAACUUCUGUUGUCAAGUCGUACUUCCAGGUCGUAGUUUCCUGCGCAGACUCACUGAUCUGACAAAGAAAACUACUUACCCAAAUCACUUUAUCACUCUCUCUAAGGAAAAUAGGCGUGAUAUUGCAGCAUGGAAAUUAUUUGCUGAUUACUUCAAUGGUAAAACGUUACUUUCGGAAAAACGCUGGAUCGAUCCUCCUGCGUUACAUUUCCAUACUGAUGCAGCAGGUUCUUUGGGUUUUGGAGCAAUUUAUGCCCAGCAUUGGUUUUACGGCUCAUGGCCAUUUAACUUGCAAUCAGAUGGAAUUACUUUUAAAGAGUUAUUUCCAAUUGUUUUGGCCUUAGAAAUAUGGGGUCCCAUCCUUCGAAACAAGUGCAUCAUACUUCAUACAGACAAUUCAGCUGUCAAACAUAUAAUCAAUAAACAAACAUCGCGUGUCCCAACAGUGAUGUCUCUUGUUAGAAGAUUAGUACUUUCUUGUAUGAAGUAUAAUAUUUUGUUUAAAUCUGAACACGUCCCAGGGGUAAAUAAUGUUUUACCGGACUUGCUUUCUCGUCUACAGGUAGCCAAGUUCCGCACGCUAGCGCCCGAAAUGGACAGAGAGCCAACACUCAUACCGGAAGAUCUGAUUUCAAUCCACUAAAUUGUAGUGUGCUCUCAUUACUUAAUAAGUCCUUAGCACCAUCAACUUUUACUUCCUAUAAGAAUGCGUGGAGGCACUACCAGUCAUUCCACCAGCUUCAUUAUAACAGCCAUGUCUUGCUGCCAGUCCCAACCGAAAGGCUGGCCCAAUUUAUUUCAUCCUUGAAUCUUAGGAAUCUUAAAGCUUCAUCUAUUACAUCUAUUGUGUCGGGUAUAGCCUAUGUCCACAAAAUACGCAACCUCCCUGACCCAGCUGACUCUUUCCUAAUUAAAAAGCUACUAUAUGGCCUUCGUAGAGGAUCCUGUGAAGAUAAACGCUGUCCGUUUAAUCUAAAUGAACUUCAGCUGGUGAUUUCCUGUUUACCCGAAAUUUGCGAAAGCCGCUACUAUAUAGUCCUUUACUCUGCUAUGAUUUUAGUUUCAUUUUUUGGUUUGUUUCGCGCAGAAGUUUCGCUGUCUAACACUGGUUUGAACAACGUCUUACAUAAAGAGGGUUUACAGUUAAACCAUGAUGGGGGUAAAGUAUCUUCUGUAACAAUCAAAACAAGGGCCUUUAAACAUUCCGCAGGACGUGCAGCAACAAUUCCCUUGUGCAGGCAACAACCUCAAGUUAUUUGUCCCGUUAGAGCUUUAGUAAAGUAUCUAAGCAAGUCAACAGGUCAUCAAGGUCCUCUAUUCCACCACCCUGACGGUACUCCAGUCACGACAGUAGAAAUCCGUUCCAUUUUAAGGAAAUCAGUUAAAGCAGCACACUUGGAUUGCAACAAGUACACCUGUCAUUCACUCAGGAUAGGAGGCGCCACGCACGCUCAUCUUUCAAAUAUGCCGCACUCUCAAAUUCGUCAACUAGGUCGUUGGCGCUCCAACGCCUACAAAAAAUACAUAAGAGUUAAACAUAUGGCCGUUUGAGGCAUUGCUCCCGGCUCCCAGGCAUUCUGUCCAAGAAAUAUGGUGUGCCGAUACUUAUACAUGUAAAUAGUUUUUCAUUAAUGCCAUACCGUGAUGAAGCAGAUGGCAAAUUCAUUUGUUUAUGUUCAUGUUCUUGUUGGACAAAAGCCCCACUGUGAUUAAGCAGGGGUCUACUUUUGUCCCAACAAGAGUUUCCUAUGCUGUUUAUGUUCAUGUCCCUGUUGGACAAAAGCCCCACUGUGAUUAAGCAGGGGUCUACUUAUGUUCCAACAGGAGUUUCAUAUGCUGUUAAUGUUCAUGUCCCUGUUGGACAAAAGCCCCACUGUGAUUAAGCAGGGGUCUACUUAUGUUCCAACAGGAGUUUCAUAUAUGCUGUUUAUGUUCAUGUCUUUGUUAGACAAAACCCCCAUUGUGAUUAAGCAGGGAUCUACUUUUGUUCCUGCAAGAAUUUCAUAUAUGCUGUUCAUGUUCAAGCCCUCGUUGGACAAAAGUCCCACUGUAAUUAAGCAGGGGUCUACUUUUGUUCCCGUGGGAGUUUCAUAUGCUGUUAUGUUCAUGUCCCUGUUGGACAAAAGCCCCACUGUGAUUAAGCAGGGGUCUACUUUUGUUCCAACAGGACUUUCAUAUGCUGUUUAUGUUCAUGUCCUUGUUGGUCAAAAGCCCCACUGUGAUUAAGCAGGGGUCUUAUCUUGUUCCAACAAGGAUUUAAUUUUCUUACCCUAAACACCGGGUUUUGCACAUUGAUGUUAAAGUUGUAUAACAGCAUUUUAAUUAUGUUCUAUUCACUAAAAUCUGCGGUUACUUGCAGCGAUUUCAAUUUUAUAUUGUUUUCUGCCGGCUAUGUCGCCUCUGUAGCCUCACUGUGUCUGAGCAGAAGUCUGCGACGAUUUAGUUGUAAUAGCCAUGUAAAUAUCCUUGAAAUGUUAA